CAUCUAUUGUUCUGGAGAAGGGCCGGGGUUCUCUUGGCUCCAAGCAGCUGAACCUCUCUUUGCAAGAAGCCACUCUGCCCCCGUGUUUCUGAGCUUGGGCAAGCCCAGAAUGAUGGUCACAAUCGAGUCUGAGUCAGACUUCUACGACGUGUUUGAGAUCCUGGGGAAAGGUACAUUUGGGGAAGUGGUGAAAAGCUGGAAACGGAGCACAGGGGAGAUGGUGGCCAUCAAGAUCCUGAAGAACGACUCUUACCGAAGCAGGAUAAUAAAGAACGAGCUGAAGCUGUUGCAGACCAUGUCGGAAGUGGAUUCAGAGGAGUCCCACAUCGUCCAGUUUCACGAGUUCUUCCAUGAUGACCUCAAAUUCUACCUGGUCUUUGAGCUCUUGGAACAAAACCUCUUUGACUUUCAGAAAGAGCACAACUUCUCCCCUUUGCCGGUCCGGCACAUCCGCACAGUGACUACGCAGGUGCUGAGAGCCCUAGCCAAGUUGAAAGAGCUUUCCAUCAUCCACGCAGACCUGAAGCCAGAGAACAUCAUGCUGGUCGACCAGGUGAGGUAUCCUUUCCGAGUCAAGGUGAUCGACUUUGGCUCAGCCAGCAUCUUCAAUGAGGUGCGCUACGUCAAAGAGCCGUACAUCCAGUCCCGAUUCUACCGGGCGCCCGAGAUAUUGCUGGGCCUGCCGUUCUGUGAAAAGGUGGACGUGUGGUCCUUGGGAUGUGUGAUGGCAGAACUGCACCUCGGCUGGCCCCUCUACCCUGGGAACAACGAGUACGACCAGAUCCGGUACAUCUGCGAGACCCAGGGGAUGCCCAGGCCCGCCCUUCUCAAUGCAGCCAGGAAGGCCCGCCUCUUCUUCAAGAGGGGGCAGCAUGCAGAGGUGGUGAAUUCCUGGCUGCUGAAAUCCCCAUCAGAGUAUCUGGCAGAUACCCAGGUGAAGUCGGUGGAGAGGAGGAAAUAUGUGCUGAAGUCCUUGGACCAGAUGGAGACGGUGAAUGUGCACAAGAUGAUCUACCCAGACACAGAGGCCUUGGCGGAGUACUUUGACCUCCGGAGCAUGGUGGAGCUGAUCAAGAGAAUGCUGACAUGGGACUCCCACGAGCGCAUCACCCCCAGUGCAGCCCUGAAGCACCCCUACAUCUCCACGCAGCCGCUGAAGCAGAACUACGACCUCACCCAGUACUACCAGUUCUGCCUGAGGAGCCUCCAGGAGUCGCUGCCCAACCACAGCAAGGCCUCCGAGGAGGAGGAGGAAGAGGAGGAGGAGGAAGAAUCGCAGCUGUACAGCACCAUGGAAGAGGAGCGCUUCUACACCGGCCAGGAGCCCUUCCAGGAGGAGAACGCGGCCCAUGGCAUCCAGAAGACCACCAGCCAAAUGGAUGAUCUCAGCAUCGCCGAGGGAGGCCGGGAGGUGCCCCUGAAAGUGUGGGGUGAAGGGCCCAGUGGAGGGCUGUACGAGCCCCUCUCUGGCCACGCAGAGGCAGCCCCUGGCCGCCGCAAAUCCAUCCACCAAAGCCUCCGCCUGCGCCACGAGCCGCCCCAGCAAGAGCCCAUCCCAGCUUACUACCGGAACCGGCACAGCAGCCCCAAGCACCGCAAGGGGUCCCACCAUGCCAAGUCUGACCCCACCUUUGAAAACCUGAUCCUGCUGGGGCAAUACUCGCCAGAGGACACCGCGCACUGGGAGAAAGAGAGUAGCACCAGCACUGCUUCCCUGCCGGAGCCCAACGCAAGGGAGGAGCCCACCUUCCCCCAGGGCCGGGUGCUUUCGCCCACCACUCAGAGGGUGCAGCUGGAGGCCUUUGAGCCCGCCACGCAGCCGCCCGGGACCAACAGCUGGCUGCCGAACGAGGAGUGGUUGGCGGAGCAGGGCCUGGAGCGGGGCCCCCUCAAGACCGCGCUGCACGCGCCCCGGACCCGCCACCAGCUGCAGCCCUACCUGCAGCACAUUGCCAGCCACCACUGACCCCCCCGGAAGAGGGCAGCAGGCUCAGCGGAGAGGCCGCCCCAGCUGGGGACCCGCCAGCAGAUUCCUUUGUAGCCAUUACAUAUAUAGACUGUCCCUCGCUGCAAAGCUCCUUCCGUAAUAAAGGCCACCUUCCUCUUA